AUAUGAUUGCUUAGAUGAGUUAACGAUCACCAAGCUUCGGCUGCAAAAAUAUUCUCGAACUUACUGCGCACUACCGUGUUGCAUUUAGUCGCAUAUCUGGUGCAAAAGUAUCAUCCACAAAUUCAUAAUUAGAAAUACAUUCCCAAAAUGUGGAAGUAUAAAGAACCUUCUAGUACCCAACAAGUACAUAUUAAUGAAUAUUUGAAGGCUAAGCUUGAAGACUUCCCCCAGAUAAACAAUAAAGUCCCUAAAAAUCUUGAGUUUGAUAAACCACACCAAUAUGACUUUGACCUCAGUACAAAAUCGAAAGGUACUGCUAACACUUUUACGGAGGUAGUACAAGAUACCAUUUCGUUGGAAUUAAGUCUUCCAUCCCAUAAGGUCUUUGUUGAAGAACAAUGGAAGUAUCUUAUACUGUUAAUGGUCUGUAACCGUUCUCGGCCAUUAAUGCUUAUGAACCUGGAUAUCUUUGCCUUUCUCCAAGCAUCUCGAGUACCAAGGAUGACAUUGGAUCGGAAGAGAAAACUUCAUGAGGCAACUAUGACUAAUAUUGCAAGGGAAAUGGUUUUCGACUUGGUAACUAAUAUAAGCCGGUUGUUUUUUGGACUGUCAUUGGAAAAGUCGGACGGCAUCGAUUUCAAAACCCUUCUUAACUAUAAAAUGACUACCUUGCACUGCUUGCCUGAUUUACCUGUCCUUGGAUUACCCAGAUUUGGUAGUAUCAUCGUUGGAGAAGUCAAAAAGCCAUCGAUUAAGCACUGGAUUAAACAGCUUCAUGAUUGCAACUAUAUGAUCUUCAUUAAUGUCAGCGAGAGAAAUGAUUCAAUAACUAAGAGUUUGGAAGGCUCUUUGAACCAACUCAUUGCUUAUCAAAUCAUGGCCAAAUGUAAAUUGGGAUACAUCUCAGACACAAUAGUGCAUAUCUUCACCACUAUCACAGAUAUCAAUGAUAAGGUGAUGAGCGUUAAAGUGGAUAUCACAAUAUCAAGCAGGAUAUACAAUGAAAAUCCUGAAAUGUAUCCUCCUGCUGCUCUAAUGCUUGCCAAAAUUGCUGAAAUUCAAAGAAUGAAGCCAAAGACGUAUUUGGAUUUCUACUUCGAUGAAACAAUGACUACUAGGAAUUUUCAAUGGUUCAAGAAGAGCUUAAAUCACUUGAAGCACACUUACAUCUACUAUGAUUUGAAAACAACAGAUGAAAUCCAAAGAGAACCUGGCUUAUACUCUCAAAUCUUCUGCAUACCCAACAAAUAUUUGGCCUCAACAUUCUUGCUGCUUGACAUACCAGGUGAAGAAAUCGUCGUUAAAGUUUUUGACCCUGGUUACUACUUUAUUUCGAAUUGGAGUUAUAAGUAUCAGUAUGAUGAUGCUCGUUACAAUAUUCAACAAUAUUUUGAGAAUGAUAUCGAACACUACCAAAAGCCGUAUUUUGCUGUCAACUACGAAAAUAUGUUUAUGGAUAAGGGAAAGUUUAUAUUCUCACACUACAACCCACCUACAGAGGAAAGUGAGGAAAGUGAUGACACGCCAGAAGUUGAAAGUUUCCAAUCUCAGCGGAUCAAAGAGUUUAUCGAGGUGUGGCGUAAGAAGGACCCUGAGUAUCUGUAUAUUAUUGCUAAAGAAAGUGUAAACCGUUUCGAAGAAGAAACUCAAAGAGAAAUCACACUUGAUAAUGAUGUCCAAAAUCCCAACAGUAUGAGGAAUAAAAGGUCAUCGUAAUUAUAAUUAAGUAUAGUUUACUAUUUCCCUGAAUAGUAGAUAAAAUAUUCACUUCUUUUGUGAACGGGGACAAUAAGGACUCUAGGACUGUUGUAUAGUAGUAGAAUAGGGGAAUAAGAAGAUGGAACCGAGAUCCACAUUAGACAGGCGCGUGAUUAAACAAGAAAGCAUUGUCCUGUGAAUCACUAAUCGUCUGACUUAGCGUUGGUGGACCCAUAGGCACUGUCAAAUUCUUCUUCCACAAUCUCGACCGGAACGGGUCUUUGCAAAGCCGUAAAUGGUUUUUUGGUGAUUUUGCAAUACACCCAAAUCGCACCCACUCGGGCGACAACACACACUAAUGCAAUUAAAAUCCCACCAAAUGGGGCAAUUACAAACGCCCCAAAGGCACCCCAGUCUUCAGCAUCAUAUAAUCCGUUCCAAAUCAAUAACAACUUCCCCCCUUCUUUGGCGGUUCCAUAAUAGACGGUUCCAAAGAUAAAAAUUGCAACCAAAGCUCCUAAUCCUCCAACCAUCACAUCCACUCCCGUCAAAAACCAAAAGAACCGGUCACUCAAACCUAAGAAUAUGAUUGGGAUGAUAGAGCUCGAAAUCAAGUCAGCAAUCAAAUAAAUCUGUAAGAUAUUAUCUGCCACUUUGACGGCCAACACCACAAUCGGUACAAUCAUUAUCACCACCAUUGCUCUAACCCAGAUGGUCUUAAGCCUGUUUCUAAAGAUAUCAUUGGAGAUGGUUGACACAAAGGCAGACUGCAAAGAGUCAAAAGUACAAGUGGAAAUGGUGAUGGUGAAGAUCAAAACAAACGCGAUGAUCCACCCAGGCAUCUUGGCAAGAAGAAUGAAAAAGGCCAUAGACCCGUUCUCAUCCCCCACCGUCAAAUCACCCGACCACACGGCCAAAAACCCUGGCACUCCUACCAAGGUACAAAUGACCAUCACUAUCACAGCCGAAACUGAUGUACCGAUAGCCAAACCUCUAUCGGACUUACUAGCAAAAGUUCUCAACCAAAACGAGUUCAAGAAGAAGGCAUUUGUACCAACAGCCACAAAAAAUACGUAGAUCAACUCCCAGCCUAACUUAUUGGCCUGAAGCAAGUGGGAAGGGCCUAUUUUGGAGGUGUCUAUGUCGAUAUAAGACCCCAUUCCUGCCGCACAUAUGAUUAUAAGCAACAACACCAAAGCCCCCUGAAAG